AUGUUCUCCCUUUCUUCUAAUUUCUUUGUAGUUUUCACAAUGAUUCUUGCUUCCUUUGCUCCAUUAAUGGCUCAACUUAAUCCUAACUACUAUGAAAAGCUUUGUCCUCAAGCAUUGCCAACCAUUAAAACAGUGGUCGAGCGAGCCAUCGCUCGUGAGCCACGCAUGGGCGCUUCUCUUCUCCGACUUCAUUUUCAUGAUUGCUUUGUUAACGGAUGUGAUGGCUCUAUUUUGCUUGAUGAUACACCGACUUUUAUUGGAGAAAAGACGGCAACACCAAAUAAUAACUCUGUGAGAGGUUUCGACGUUAUCGACCAGAUCAAAGCCGCUGUGGAUAAGGCCUGUCAUGGCAACAUUGUCUCCUGCGCUGAUAUUUUAGCUGUUGCAGCUCAUGAUUCUGUUGUUGCGCUUGGAGGGCGUUCAUACAAAGUUCAAGUAGGAAGAAGGGACGCCCUAACGGCUAGUAGAACAGCUGCUAACCAAAACAUCCCUUCUCCACUCUCCAAUUUCAAUUCUCUUCUCUCAAACUUCCAAUCCCAUGGCCUUAGUCUUAAAGACCUUAUUCUUCUAUCUGGUGCGCACACCAUUGGCUUCGCCAGGUGCUUAACGUUCAGAAGCAGAAUAUACAACGAGACAAAAGCCAUUGAUGCCAGCUUUGCCAGCGCGGUUCGAACCAGAUGCCCGCCAGUGGGAGGAGACAAUAACCUUUCACCAUUGGAUUCAUCUGCGAAGAUCUUCGAUACGGUUUAUUUCAAGAAUUUGGUUCAGAAGAAGGGAUUGCUUCACUCUGACCAACAGCUGUUUAAAGGAGAUGGAAGCCAAGCUGAUGAGCUUGUUAAAUAUUAUAGCAAGAAUGGUGGGGACUUUUGGACAGAUUUUGGUGUUUCCAUGCUGAGGAUGGGGAAUCUAAGUCCGCUUACAGGGACAAAUGGAGAGAUAAGGAAGAAUUGCAGAAAAGUGAAUUCUUAA